CAUGAGUGAGCCAAUAACAUGAAGCAUAUAUGUGCAGCCACCAAUCAGCAGCUCCGUAUCCUACCUAGGUAACUCGUCCUUAAAGUGACAGAAAUUAUGGCUGCGCAAGUCUCAGAAUCUGAUCAGAUUAAACAGUUCAAAGAAUUUCUUGGAACAUAUAAUAAACUGACAGAAAACUGUUUUCUCGACUGCGUAAAAGAUUUCACUACACGAGAAGUUAAAACAGAAGAGAUCACCUGCUCAGAGCAUUGUCUACAGAAAUAUUUGAAAAUGACACAACGGAUAUCCAUGAGAUUUCAGGAAUACCAUAUACAACAAAAUGAGGCCCUGGCAGCCAAAGCAGGACUCCUCGGUCCCCGGUAGAUAACGAGCACCGUGUGCGAGAUCCUGCAGGCUCUGAUGCAGUGCUGCGCAGCAAUGGAAAGCGUACCAGUCCCCAGGGAUUAUGGGAAGUCAUCUACUCCGGGCAGAAGAUUAUCGGAGUCAGCAGCAACUGAGUCCUUUGUUGCAGCAAGAGAACAACAAACAUCUAAUCAUAAAAUGUAUUUAUCCUCAUUAACUAUCAUCUCUAAUUAAUGGCUACUGUUGGAAAUGAUGUCUCACAUAGAUUCUUCAUACUAUUCUCCUGACUGGCACACUGUAAAGAAAUAAAAGUAGUUUACCACAACCCACUUGUGAGGCAUUGAGUACUGGUCACUUUUUGCUUUGCUAGAAUAUAAAAUAUAUAAAUAAAUACAGUUCGCUGCACACUUAAGAUGGGUUAUUACCGUGUCGCAUAAUGAAACCUACACUAUAUUUUCCUUGUGAGACUUUGUGCUGGAGCUCCUAUCUGGUGCCAUGAGAGAUUUUCUUUGCCAUUCCACACAAUCUUCUGUUCUUGUUCAUGUGCUUGUUACUACCUCUGCUAAAAUAAAUAAAUUGGUUAUGUUUCGGAAAAAAAAUCUUCCUGAGCAUUAUAUAUAUCGAAA